GAACUCGGCUUGUUAUUGGGUAGAGCACAGGGGACUGUACCAUGGGGCUGAAAUGAACCCUCUGGGGAGAGAGGCAGAAAAGAAUAAAAGUUAAGGGCAAAGGGCUGCGGCAGCACCAAUAAGGGAAGAGGCAAGCGAGGCAAGAUUCCUGUGAGUGGAAAGCACUCCUUCUCUCAUAUGAGCAGGAUAAGUUGCCCUGACAGCCACAAGACCCUGAGAUUUGAAGUCACAUUCCUUUAGGCAGUGGCCACAAAACAGCAGAUGAACUGCACGUGUCCGUGUGCAGCUUGCAUUUCAUCAGGCUACAGAAGGCAGCGAUGGUGGAACUGCAGCUCCAGCAGGAGUGACAAGGAAUUUCAGGCGCAAGUGAUUUUGACCAACUCCCAGAUGAUGUACCUGUUUCAGCUAACAUUGCAGAUAUUGAGGAGAAGAAGGGCUUUACUAACUACUAUAUGUUUGUCAUUGAAGUAAAGCUUAAAGGUGGUGGCAGAUACCUGAUUUUCCGGCGCUAUCGUGAGUUCUAUGCCCUGCACACCAAAUUAGAGGAGAGAUAUGGGCCAGAGAGUGAUAAUAGCCCAUUCACCUGCACACUCCCUGUAUUGCCAGGAAAAGUUUUUGUUGGUGCCAAAAAGGAAAUUGCUGAGAACAGGAUUCCUAUCCUAAAUGUCUACAUGAAGAACCUACUCUGCCUCCCUGCUUGGGUGUUGAUGGAUGAAGAUGUACGGCUGUUCUUCUACCACUCAACCUUCGAUAGUGAACAGGUGCCUCAUAGACUGAGACGGCUUCGCCCACGGACACGCCGAGUUAAAAGCAUUUCACAUCAAGUGCCUGUUCUUGACCGCACAGCAGCUCCGCGGGCUGAGGCACUGUUUGAUUUUCCUGGAACCAAUAAAUUGGAACUCAGCUUCAAAAAGGGAGACUUGAUCUACCUACUCAGCAGAGUAAACAAAGACUGGUUGGAGGGAACUGCUAAUGAUGCCACUGGGAUUUUCCCAUGUGCUUUUGUGAAGAUCAUAAAAGAUUUACCACAGCAGGAAGACACAGUCAAUAAAGUCCGCUGUUAUUACCACAAUGAGACUGUGAGCACUAUCAGGGAUAUCUCAGUGGAAGAGAAUCUGAGCAGCAUUCCAUCAUUCAAAGAGCUCAUGGAAUUGAUGAGGCGGGAGUUUGGCCAAGAUGAGAUUGCUUUGAAUUAUCGGGACCCUGACGGUGAUCUGAUCCGGUUGCUCUCCGAUGAAGAUGUUGAACUCAUGGUAUCUCAGAGCAGGAGAAGUCCCUCUGAGAAGCACUUUUUCCCUUGGAAGUUGCACAUCACUCACAAAGAUGACUUGGGUGUCUACAACACUAGUCCAGGAAUAGAUGCUAAUCAAAUAGUAGGAGCAAUAUUGCCGUAAUUUUCUCUUCAAUUGCUGAUAUGAACAUUUGUUUGCCAGUGCAUAAUUAUUUCUGUCAUGUUGGAGUUUGACCAGGCAUUCAGAGUUUGCUCUAGAAGCGUCAAGAAAACUUUUUUUAUUUCAGUGAAGAAAUUGCAGCCCACCUCAACUUUCUUCUUUCCACUGCCCAGUGCACUGAAUUUUGGGAAUCCAACUUAGUACACCUGUGGUGUUUCUCACAGACCUUUUUGUAAUUGUACAGACUACUUAUUUCUACAUUCUGGGAAAAUUUGCAUGAUGCCUAUUCAAACAGCAGUUCCUUCUCUGUCUAUCUUCUGCUUUUGGACACUUCAUUUCAAAGGAGAACUAAUAAGAAAUUACUGUAUCAGAUUCUUCAACAAAUAAAGUUAAAUAUGAUUUAAUCAA